AUGAAUACUAAUACUAAUAAUAAUAAUAAUAAUAAUAAUAAUAAUAAUAAUAAUAAUAAUAAUAACAAUAACAAUAACAAUAUUAAUAUUAAUAAUGUUGAUGGCUAUAAUAAUACUUUAGAUGUUAUUUACAACAAAAUUGGUUAUCAUGCGCCAUUCGAUUUAAACCUUCCCAUAAAUACUAGAAGCGAUUUUCCUCAAGGGCUAAGAAAAUUUAAAAUCAACUUUAAUCCAAAUAAAUAUAAGGUUUACCACCCUAAAGUUAUUAACAUUCAUUUAAAGUUUGCCCACUACAACGAUUACAUUAGUGCUAAUGAUGCUGUUAAUCAUUGCUUCGUAAUUUACAAAGAUCUCAUCUAUAAUCAUUACGAUCAGUUUAAACCUAUCGUCUCUUUCCCAUUGGUCUACGAAUCAAAUUACUCAUCAAAUAGAUUAAAGGUAGCCGAGUACCUCGAGAAAACAGCCUUUCCAUAUAUCACUCCUAGAAUUCUUAGCCAUUCUUGUUUCCAACACUACAUUUUUGAUGUUAUACCAUAUGCCGAAGCCGUCAAUAUUUGGAAUUUAUUUCUUUCAAGUCCAUCCAUUGCUGUUAGGAUUUUUGGUGUUUUUGAAAUGUUCACCUUUUAUUUACAAAAAGAUAGAAACUUAUCUUUUAGAGGUAGACAAUUUCAAACAGCCAUCAUUAAAAUAUUCUUUGAUUCCAGUCCAUUGGUUUUCGAAACUAUCCAAUUUUUAGUUACAGAAGCCAAAGAAAUAAUCGAUAUUAUUUUUAACUGUUCUAGACCACUUGAAGAAAUGGAAAAAGCAACAGCUGGGUUGGAAAUUAAAACUCAAGGUCAAUUCCUUUUUGCUUUGGCUUUAAAAAGAAUCUAUCCAAAGGACAUUCGUGCUUUAGAUAAAGUAUUCACCAAAUUCUUUUUCUCUCAAGUUGCAAAAAAAGAAUCAAUAAUUGAAGACGGUAUAUAUUUGAUCAAAAUUAACACCCUCGAUGAUAGUAAACUCGACGAUGACUAUUAUAGAUUUAUUGGGGAAAUACCAGGAACAAUAGGAGAAACAGCGUCUCAAAGAGGUUUUAUUAAAAUCCUUGACAGAUAUGUUUUAUUAAAAAUUAUUUCAUUCCUACUCAUAAGAGGAGAUAGUUUUUUUGAUACUCUAUAUACUCUUUCAUUAGUUUCAAAACAAUUCUUUGAUUUGGUUCAAGUAUUUUUAAGUAGAGAUACCGACAAAUUAUUCAAAUUUUUCUUUAAAAAACAGGAAUUUGAAAUCCCUGAAACAAACUAUUCAAUUUUUAACCACUUAAAGAUCCUUUCAGCUUCCUAUGACCACCUUGUUAGAUAUACUCCAUUCUCUCUUAUCUAUAAAGUUUUUAAUUGUUUAGAAAAGUUGAAAAUAGAUGCCAACUCAGGUACUCCCUUAAAUGGUGUCUCUUUAACAACCAAUCGUUUAAUCUUUCCAACUGGCUUAGCAAAUUUAAAUGAAUUAAAGAUCUUAAAUCAUUCUCAUUUCGGUACUAGAGUUGGUGUUUUCAAGAAUCUUAUCGACUUUAUUUUAAUCCACUCCAAUUGCAAAAUUAAAAUUUUCAAGUAUCAUUCAACAUUAGAAACAUUCCACUUUGAUUUUUCAGUAUUAUUCCAUUUGGCAAUUAAUCACGCUUCAACACUCGAAACGAUUGUAUUAAAAUUUAAGGAAUCAUCUAUGGAAAUUGAAGACACCCAAAUUCCAUACACUUAUGCACUCCAGUUAAUUCAAUUUAUGUGUCCAAAAGUAGAAAUUAAAAUUUGGAAACGUCCAAAAAAAUUCAAAAUAUUCAGGGCUGGCCAAUCUAUCCCCUCUUUAUUGGAUAGAAAUGCAUUCCAAUUAUACCAAUUAUCACACUUUAAAAAUUUCAUCCAAAAAGAUUUUAGUUUCCAAGAAUUUACUGGUGGAGAAGAACUUGGUUCAUUAGAAAGUUAUAGAAUGCAACGUUAUGAAUAUCACUAUAACUUAUUUACAACCAUUCAAAAUAUAAAAAAUAGAAGAAAAUCAAUCAAUGGAGAUACAUUCCACGAAAGUGAUUAUGUUUCAACAAGACUUCACCACUAUUAUUUCUAUGGACCAUUUUUGGUCGGUAUUCCAAUGGAUACCAAUUAUUUUAAUAAUCAAAUUAAUCAAUACCACCAUGAAAAUUUCAAUUAUUUUAAUAAUAAUAAUAAUAAUAAUAAUAAUAAUAAUAAUAAUAAUAAUAAUAGUAGUAGUAGUUAUAACAACCUUAAUAAUUAUAAUAACAAUAAUAAUGGUUUAGAAUAUAUUCAAAAAACUACUCAAGGAGUUAAAGAAAGAUUAUUAAAAAAUGGUAAUCAUUUAGAAAUAAACCUCAACAAGAAAUUUUAUUUACUUUGCGAUCGUCACACACAAGGAAAAUUUCCAAAUUCAAAUAUUCAAGACAAAGGUGUUUUUUAUGUUGAGAACCAUAUCCAUGCAGAAAAUAUAACCCAAACAGCAACACAACCAGAUAUUAAUUUCGAUACAGGCGCCCCAGUCGAACGUUCCCAUCUAAAUAUUAGAUGCAGCCAAAAUUCAUUUUUUUAUUAUAUGUAUCAUUUCAAUUUAUCUCCCAGAGAAGUUCCAACUUCUAUUACCUUAAAUUUACCAUUAUCCAACAAUCGUAGGAUAUUAAAUCUUACUUUCUCGUUAACUCCAAAAAAUAAAAAAGUUAGAAAAAAUAAUAUUUGUCAAGAAAUAUAA